GUUCAGAUUGGCUAAAUAUAAAAUAAUCGCCAUAAAAGAUAGAUAAAUACAUCCUAUGCCGAUAAACACGGUAUACUUUUGUGUAGUUUUUUUACAGCGAUAGGGGCCAAUACGCCGAUGUUCGCCUGCAUGAUAUACUAAACUGUUUACACAGUUGACCGAAACAUCUGUCUACAUUGAGGUUUUACCAUUUCCAAGAGUGUUUUUAGGUAGCCAUAGUCAAAUUUGAGUGCAUACGCUGGUAUAUAGGUACACAAAAUCAAAUUCUUCCUUUCUUUCCUUCUUUUUUUUAAUGUUUUAUGGUCUCGUGUAACUUUUGUAAAUUAAAUUAUUAUAAUUAGAUUUAUUUGUUAACUAUUAAGUGAUGAGUGAUAUUUAAAAAAAAAAUGGUUUAUAGACUAAUCGAGGUUAACAGGUACCAGUUAUAAUAUGUUUGUGAGCGAAAUUAUACUGAAAUGUUCAAGAGUUGUUAUCGAUGCUGUUUAUUUUAUUUUGGUUUCGGUCGUCGUUCCGAGGACGUGGGCAUCAAUCUCGGGUUGUUGGAAAAUGGAAAUUCUGUUGCCGGCAGUACCGAACACUACACUGUUCAAAAGAUAUCGAGUUUUGGUCGACAUAUUUCUCACGACGAGGAUGGACUUUCUGUGUCUGGUUUUACGAGCGAUGGCGAAGACGAUGAUCCUCCGCCGAAAACACAAACCAUGAAGAAAAGAGGCAAAUGGGGAAAAACAAUGAAUAAACCCAAAGAUCCAAAAACUCCAAAUUCAUUUAAAACACUAGCUGGUGUCAGUAUGAUGAUGUUACAACCUAUCACAGCGGGAGCUGGUUCUACUUCCACGCCAGACUUGAGUUUAACAUCUGGUAAAAAAGAAUUUUCCAAGAAAGAGGAUAAGAUGGAUUAUCUGUCUCCUGCGUCGUGUAAAGAAACUACAGGUUGGCUUAAGUCUCAGAGUAUGCAGGAUAUGACCUCAACAACAGACUCUGAUAGUUUUGCAUUAUCGUCAAAGAGUGCCGACGACAAUACCUCAAAUUCAGCGGCACGUCCUCAUCGGUUUGGAUCAGUUGCAACGUCUAUGAUUAAUGUCACUAGUAGAUUGACAUCAAUAAGAUCAAAAUCUAGUGAGGUGGUUUCGAAUACUUGGAAAACACCAGUGGACAAUGCGCCUCCAGUUGAUCCUAAUGCACACCAAGAACAAGCUUAUGGGAACGUUAAUUUUAAAAUCACAUACGAUCAACAUACGAAAAAACUGUUUGUUCGUGUGGAAAACUUGGAUGGAUUAGCGCCAAAAGGAAAAGAUAAACGACCAUAUAAGACAGUUUUAAAGCUUACACUUUUGCCUCAGGAAAAAACAACAAAAACUAGUAAAACCAUAGCUGCUGCUAUGAGCCCCGUUGUAAAUGAAGAUUUUUUUAUUAGUACCAAGUGUAUUACAAACAAAGUUUUGAGGAUAUCUGUUUUUGAUCAUGAUUACCAAGGAAAAUAUGAUGCAGUUGGUCAUGCUUUAUUUUAUUUAGAUAAUAUAUCACCAAGUAACGAUGGGGCUCAAACUGUUAAGCUCUAUAAACAUUCUUGGCCCGAUAUAAAUCUUUGCAAUAUCAAUAUCAGCUUAAGUUAUAAAAAGCAACAGGAAACUUUGCAUAUAGUGGUCCACGAAGCUAACAAUUUAAAUCUUCCCCAUGAAAAAUCCCGGACUUUUGUGAAAAUAGCAUAUUUUAGCAAGGGUAAACGCAUCAAGGAAUAUCAAUCGCCAUCAGUACCCAACACAAAAGAUGACCCUAAGGCAACAUAUGAAUUUAAAGCUGCUAUACGAUUAGAUUUAAAUUCUACCGCAAAUGGCUAUGUAGUGAUUGGUUUAAAAGAAAAAGGAUUUUUAAAAAGGAAUGAAAGUAAUUUAGGGAGAGUAAUAUUUGGACCCUUUUUGUAUACAGAGAGAGGCUAUGAUUUAACUCCUUGGGGCAAGGUUCUAUUAACUAAAGAAGGUGUUUCAGAUACAUUUAAAACAUAUUUAUAGCGUACAUACAGAACAAAAGUAUAAGUAGAUAAACAUUGAAAUAAAAUACAUAGGCACUUUUAGUAUAAUAUUUAUUGUUAAAAUAGAACAUUUUAUUUGUAUUGAAAUUUGUAAUAUACCAAAUUGAA